UUAAGGGAACUGCGUUGCCAGAGUGGAGAUGCUCACCCCCAGUGCAGCUCAGAAGGCGCAUCUUUGAAGAACCAACCAUCCAAAUGCCCUGAAAACACCAGAACAGCCUCUACGAUGACUUUUGAGGAGGAGUCAGAUAUUGUUCUGGACCUCUCGCAGGGCCCCGCAGUGGGAGAUAUUUCAAAGGCACGGGCUGGAUACAUCGCCACAGUGGUGGAGGGGAUUGAGAGUCGCGGUGCUAUCGAGAAGGAGAAGGCUCUCAGUGAAGCGCAUUCCAAGCAGAUAAGUGAAUUAAAAGCACAAAUUGAGAGCCUCUGUCAGAACGCCGUACCCAACAAAGAAGAACUUGUGGAAGAACUCAAUGAAUUGCGCCGCAUUUCCCAACAGCAGGCUGAACAGAUUGUCACCUUGGAAAUGGCACGCAAAGCUGACCGUGUGGAGGAAGAAGCCCUUAAUGAGGCUCGUCUGAAGAUAGCUGAACUGAAAACGCAAGUUGAAGACCUUCGUAAGAACUCCGAAGUCAGCCUCGAAGCUCACCAUGAUGAGGAACUACAAAGGGAGGCGACCGAUUUGCGACUGCUUUCACAACGCCAAGCAGAACGCAUUGUUGCUCUUGAGAAAUCGCUUUCUGCUUCCAAGGGUUGUGAAAAACGCGAUACGUCAGUGGACGCGACUGCCCGUUGUCGGGAGGUU